AUGACUGAAGGAUACCUUAAAGAAGCCAGAUUGAAAAGGAGUCAACGGGAUGAUUAUCCUCCUGAAAUGUUGAUAAACCUGUCAAUAAUAUUACCCAAUAGUAAGACGAAAAAUAGUUGUCACAGAUGUCAUCGUUUGAAGAAGAAAUGUUCAAAAGACUUUCCUAGCUGUCUGUAUUGCAUCAGGACUUCAAAUGAUUGUUUUUACCUUAAUAAGUCCCAUAUCAAGAGUAAGAACUCUAGUGAAGAUUUCAAAUCCAAAUCUUCUAUUUUUCCAGAGAUCAUGAAGCCAGAGAAAGAAAGUAUUACAAUUCUUAGAAAUUGGAUCCAUAAAGAUAUUGAAUCGUACGAUGACAACAAUAAUGGUGAAGCAGGCAAUAUUGCAAAUAACCCCAAAACCGAACAAUCCACUGGCUGUUGUAAAUCAAAUAAUGGUUUCAUCAAAGGAAUCACUAAUUUAAUAACUGGUAAUAAUGGUGUAGAUCCUAGGAAUGAGAAUAUGCAUCAAAAUAUGCACAAUGCAAAUGGUGUUAACGAAAUCCCUCCACACAAAAUUUUAAGAACUAAAACCUUGUCAAUAUCAUCCUUGUUAUCCGAUGUGACCCCUGGGGUUACUAAUGAACGAGUAAGUUGUAAAUUAAUUUCCAAAGCACUUAAGUUGAAUAGACAUUUUGAUGAAGAAUUCGUUAAUUUGAAACCUAUUGGUGAAAAGAAGUUGGCUUUAGCUUUUGCUGCAAAUUAUUUCUGUAAUUAUUCCCACAUAUAUCCAAUCUUUUCUGAAGAUCAAAUAGUGCUGAAACUCAAACAGAUGGACUUUGAAAAAGAAAAUGUCGUUAAUUGUCAUACCUAUUUGAUCUUGAGUAUUGGUUGUUUGAUCUAUGAUUCCAUCCAUAUGACAAAACAUUACAAUAAAUGUUUCAGUGAGUCAUUGAUUGAUUCAGUUAUUGAUAUUACCAAUUUUAAUCCAAAAAGUUGUAAUACUGAAAGUGAAUUAAAUGAUAUAAAGACUAUGAUCUUAUUCACUGUUCAUUAUAUGAAUAGGAAUGAUGAUUUGGUUGUUUCGAAUAUGAUAACAAUUUUGAGUAGAAUCAUUCUCAAGUUUGAAUUCUUCAAGUUAAAUUCAGGUGAUAAGUUCAAAAUGAUCAAGAACUGUAUUUUUUGGACAGUCAUUAACUUGGAUUUUGAAUUCAACCUUAUCACCGAUAAUCCUGUAGCUGUGUCAUUAGAUCUUUGGAAGUUGUUGUAUUAUAAAAAUUCCAAAUUACAACUUUUAACAGCUACACCUUCAAAUAACGAAGACGAUGUAGUAUAUUCUAACCGUAUAAUUGAAUUCAAUUUACUUCAAAAAAGAAUAAUUGAUCUCAAAGUUGUCACUAAAGUAGCUGGCGAUAAUCAAGAGAUGGCUGAAUUGAAAGAAAUUUCUAAAGCUGUUGAAGUUUGGAGAGUUAAUUCAACUGGUUGUGUCAGUAAAUUAUUCGAAGAUCAUCAUGAAGAUGCUAAGUUUUAUAGCUUCAUGGUCAACCUUCAUUUUUUCUAUCUCCUCAUUGAAUCGGAUCAAUUGUCUUCCACAAAAAAUUCAGAAUUUUCUUUACAAUUCUUAUCCAUUUAUUAUCAAUUAACUUCCCAAAUCGAUACAAACAAACAAACUGGCUUGGCUAUCAAUAAUUUGAUAUAUAUCUACAAAUUGAUGAAUGUAGUAAAGUACAAUUUGAUUAAUCUCAAGAUCCAAUCAUUAUUUUCAAAUUUCAAAAUGAAUAUUCCUGUAAUAACGAAUUUGUUUCGAAUUUUGAGGGUUAAAUACCCAAUUAUAGACGACCAAAUGAUGGCAAGAUUCGAAAAAUUAUCCAGUAUUUCGUCUUAUGAUGAAAAAUUAUUAAAUGAAGUAGACGAAAUAUUGGAACUUCUUGAGUAA